CGUUACGUCACUGCGUACAGCCGGACCUGAACUGGUGGGACUUUUAAAUUGUUACCGGUCAGGGACCGGCGGGGAUAUUAGGCUGAAGCCAAAUGGAGUACCUCAUCGGACAGAGGAUUGGGAGACGGUGGAGGCAGAGGGUCCACCGGCCAAGAACCACAUAUCUGUCCCUCAGCGAAGAAGAAUGCCGCUGUAAACUACGCCUCACUCGCCAGGCUGUAACGGACAUCUGCAAUCUUCUGGCAGACGAGCUGGAAACGAAUGCCUGCUGUCCCUAUGCACUCCCUGUUGCUGUGAAAGUCACUGCUGCGCUACAUUUCUUCGCCAGUGGGUCAUUCCAGCAUCCCCUGAGUUCAGUUGGUGGCAUUUCCCAAUCUGCCGUAAGUGCGGCCAUACACGCAGUUACAUCAGGCCUAGUCCGACAUGCCAAUGACUACAUUAAAUUCCCCAUGACACCUGCUAGCCAAGAACGGGGAAAACAGGAUUUCUGGGCAAACUUUGGGUUCCCUGGGGUUCUAGGUGCUAUCGACUGCAUGCAUGUGCAACUACGUGCCCCAUCAGAGAGCGCACUGAUAUAUGUGAACCGUAAGGGAACUCAUUCCAUUAACAUCCAGGUGAUUUGCGACGCAACGUGUAAGGUUACGCAUGUAUUUGCAAAUUAUCCUGGAUCAAGCCACGACUCCUACAUACUGGCCAACUCUGCCAUUCCUGCACUCUUUCAGAGGGAUUCCCCCCCAGAGGGGUGGCUGUUAGGGGACAAUGGCUAUCCAUUAAAGACCUGGCUCAUUACACCAUAUAUCAUGCCUACAACAGUGCGUGAGAUAUCGUUCAAUCGAAAACAUACGGAAACACAUGCCAUAAUAGAAAGAACUUUUGGAUUGUUGAAAAUGCGCUUCAGAUGUUUGGAUAAAUCAGGUGGAGCAUUACAAUACAGCCCUCAGAAGGUCGCAGCAGUCUUUGUGGCGUGUUGUGUUUUGCAUAACAUUGCCAUGCGUUAUGGAUGUCUUUUGGACAUAAAUGAGGACACAUUACAGGAGUUUAGAAGGCGUGAUGCUGAACUGCAUGUGCCGAUGUCAGUGAACCCGAAUACACCAGCAGCAGCGCGGGCAAGGAGAGAUCAGCUGGCAGAAGAGCUUCAUCAUCUGUAGGCUGGUUCACAGGCAGGGAGCACCACAAUGGGAAUGGCCAUGGGAGGCUCCUGGAUCAUCUGGGGAGAGUGUGCUUGUAUUGGACCGGGUGCAUGGAGGAGAUUUGGUGGUCAGAGGAGGGGGGUGUUGCAGGACCGUGGCCUUCAACUGCUUCAGUGAGCAUUCCCAGAUUGUCCGCAAUAUGUCCAAGGGGCUGCAGAAAUGCUUGCAUGACUCCACCCAAUUCCAUAUCCAGCAUGUCGAAUCCAGCCUACUGGAGUUCCAGGAAUGGGUGGUCCUCCUGCCAGAUGCUAUUCUCACGCCGUGAACUGGGUUGGCUCGUCUCUCCUCUCGAACAUGAUGGUUGUUCCACAUUCUCUUCUCCCUCUACAACUAACACCUACUCCUGCCUAUUGGAUCUUCAGCCAGCAGAUCUACACAACAUUUUUAGUUGAUUAAUUGUAUGACUUUUUUGAGGGUGUUUAAUGUAAAAUAGUUGAUUUUCGCAAGAGUCCUGCACUUUGAUUUAUUAUCAUUGCAUUACCAUAGACACCCCCACCCCCCCCCAAUGCUUUCAGCACUGACGGUAGGGGCAGCAAUGUCCUCUUCAAUGGUCAUAGGUGGUCCUUCUGUUUCCAGUAGCUGAAUCACCUGCUGUUGCUGUAGAUGGUCUGCUCACGCACUUUCUCUGAGCACGAGCAGAUUCAUUUCCUCUGCAGAGACGCAUUCUUCUCUGCUACCUGGCAAAUCUGCCAACAUAAUAGUAAUGGGGUGGAUGAAAGGACAAAACAAAUCAGCACUGAUUCCAUUUGAUUAACACCAAAUAGACUGUAGGGAUUCAGGAGUCAUAUUACAAAUAAUCUAAUUGCUUUUUUUAGGUCUGCCCACAGUGUUGUAAUAUGCCAGACCCUGACCCAGUACUUCUCUUUAUAUAUGAUGAGCAAACCACGUCAUAGAGCUGCAUGUCAUACUGCCCCACGGUGGUUAGUCCUGACAUACUUACCUCACAUUAGUAUAACAUGAUAAUACAACUAUAAACACUCGCCAUUUUAACAUAAAAUAACCAAGGGCCCAUUUUAACUUUAAAAAUAACACUUUAUUAACUGGAAAAAAACAAACAACGAAGAUCCUCAUAAACAUGCGUAACUAAACCAAACAGCCCCUGAGGCUCAUGGGAACAUGAACGCAAACCAGUCCUUGCCCAGUCAUUCCAGAGUUGGAAGUGUUGCUUGUGCACAUUAGCCUUUAGUAACUGCUACAUCAUCAAUCUGACAAGGUGCAGUCACCUGGCUUUUAAAAGGGAGAUGAAACUCUGAAUUGUUUAAAGCAUAUUAUGCCCUAAACGCACCCAUUACUAAUUGUGAGACAAAGUACAACCCUUUUGAACCAGUGUGACUUCAAAUCGUUAUUAUAGGGCCAUUUGUGUCCUAUGCUGUCACAGAUGUAGUCAAACCACCCCAAACAUCGCUUGUUAGUCUAGUGAGUGACGGACAGCAAAUAAUUAUUGAUUUUAAUCAUUUUAAAAGACUCUCAAUGAGAAAUGUACCAUCGAGAAUUGUGAAAAAAACAUUCACUGUGCAUUUUUGUUGAUUUUGUUGGAAUCAGACCCUAUGAGGGAUUUUUUGCAUACUACACCUUAAUUUAUUCCGAAGGCGGUGCACACCUUGGGAAUCUCCCAGCAUAUGCUCACUUAGGGUUUCCACAUCUCCAGCCGAAAAGAAGUCAGCUUCCACUGGGUAAGAAGGCAGAGCAGUGCUUUACAAUAUGGUCUGUGGCACACAGGGCAGAGCUGUGCUGGGUAGCACAGCAAACAUCCAAGGAAAAUCUACAGACACAGAUAUUAAGGUUGCUGCGUGUGAAGUUUGGCAAGCGGGCGAGCGGCGAAGCAGGCAAACAGAGCCGUAAAGACGGACAGACGGGGUUUAUUGCAGGUGGACUAGCGGACAAGGAACAAAACAUAACAAUACAAUGACGAAUCUGGGGAAGACUGACUGAGACUCGGACUAAAUACACAAGACAAACUGAGUUUAACGAGCAACAGUGAAGAACAAUCAGGCAGAAACAGGAGGUAACGAGGUGGGCGUGGCACACAUUAGGAUCGGACGGAGAUGGGUGUGACACUGUGUAUCAGGUCACAAAACCUUUUUCUUUGGAAUUGCAAAAAAAAAUAGGACAACUGGGUGCUGAAGCGCUUUUGCCUCUUUUUUUAUACUGUCAGGGUCAGCACCUGUCUGUCAGUCUUUUAUGUUCUCCCCAUUUGACCAGCAGAUGUCGCUGGCCGUCCUGUCCGCCCCAUUGUCAGUCUUCAGUGUGUUUCCCCUGCUCAAUGAGCUGAGUGUGAAGCUACCUAUAAACCUCUCUGUCAUCUGUUUAAGUCCCGUUUUCACAUUUAAAUUUAAUUAUUAUUUUCACCUGUUGCCUGUUUUCUUGUGCCAGUCCUUGUGUGUUCAACCCUGAUUGCUUGUUGUCCUGCACCCUCCUUGAUUGGUUAAUUGUUUCAUGUCUCACUCCUCCUGUGCCGUUACCCAGUUCGGUUUGUGUAUUUAUGCUCCUGCUUUAGUUCAGUUCUUCAGUGGGUCAUUGUAUAUUUCAAAAUGUUAGUAGUGAUUCUGUGUUUUUUUAUUUGUACUUUGUUCCCUGCCUGCUCUUUGUCCCUGGACUUUGCUCCCUUGACUUUUUGUAGUUAGUCUUUGUUUUUUCCUAUUUGCUUUUUGACCUCUCGUGCUCUGUUUGAUUUGUAGUGUUCCCAGUGUUUUCAGUUUAAUAUACCCCCGUGUUCCUGUGAGCCGUAAGUAGAUCGUCCGCCUUCCUUUUCUGCCUGCACCAUGCCCUGCCCCCAUGCCAGAAACUCCCGAGUUUGUGACAUAUACAGUACAUGGCAGUGUGAAGUUUGCCCGAGACAACUUUCAUUAUUCUUUUAAUGUAUUUGGAAUCAAAACAAUUUAGAUGUAUUUUCAUUGUCGACAGAUUUAUUGAUAGUGUUUGUUUUAGGGCUAAUCACACAUCGAUCACAUUUUACUUAAGGCAGACAACAUAAUGCAUUAAUAAAGUAUUGCUGGUAUAAACACAAUGCUUUGUACUGCAUUAUCAAGGUAUAGCCAUGUUUACAAUGCUUUAAUGCAUUCAUAUGCAUGACUGCUUUAAGUAAAAUGUUACCAAUAGAUCUUCAAUCCAGGUUUGGCCAGUUUCUCAGGAGAGCCUUUUUUUUUUUUUUUGUCUUCUCACUUUCACCAGACUCAGAAGGAACAAAGUCUGAGUCACUAUCGUCGACAGAUUCGCUCUCAUCGUCUGUGAAGCUGUCAUCAUCCAAAUUGACAUUUGCUUCUGCUGGAGAAUAUAAAGAGACCUUAAAAAUGCUUUGCUGGGAUUUGUUUUUCAUCAUCUAUUUCAAAACAAAACACAUAAAGCAUACCUGGAUCCUUA